GAAAAGGUACAAAAGAGUGGAGAGAGAGAAAGAGAGAGAGAAAGAGAGAGAGAGAGAGACUGUAACUAUCUUGUUCGGCUUCAAACACUAAAACCCUAUAUAUAUUCUUCAUGAAGUUUCCUCAAUCUAAGCUCCAGAAAACCUCAUUAGCUCAGUACAGUACAUUAACUUCUUUCUCUCUCCAUUUUCGACUAAACUAAAUUCAAGAGUCGAGUAGCAGUGCUUCUGGGUAACUAGCUCCACUUGGCUGCUGGAAAUCUCUGUAAGUAAUAUUUUAUAUGUCAUGAUUUCGCUUAUCAAAAUUAAUGGCCUUCAUUAAACAAAACUUACCACGCAAGUAUUUUAGAUCUCCAUCUCCGUUUACAUAAUUUUAACACACUCAUUAGCUUCACGUUAUUUGGAAUCGAGUACCUUGUCCAAUGACCAUAUUACUUGAAUAUAUAUUUAAUUCUUCUUUUUACUCCUCAAUCUUGUACGUACAAUAACAUGACUUAAUCAAUUAGAAGCAUAACAGAUUCCCCAUGCCAUGUAUUGUUGUAAGUUCACUAAGUUGUAAGAAUUAGGGUUGACCAGCGGUUCUGGAACAAAUUAGUGGAGGAAGAAGGAAAAUGAAAAGACUACAAAGAGAUUGGAAAAACUUUUUUCUAAAAUUAAACAAUGAUUAACAGAUUAAGCUGAAAUUAAGUUCUUUAUCUUUUAUUUUGUUAUAUAUCUAAAAUGUACAGCGAUCAUUGACUUGCUCCAUUUUUAACUGCUCAAUUAUUAAAGGAUUUCAGUGAAUAAACAAUUAAAAAAAAUGAUCCCCACCAUUACGAAUAGGGUACCACACAUGUUUUUAGUGCCGGACGUAUGGCUAUUUCAUGCAAUAAACAUUUUGGUAGUUCGUCAGCCUAACGUAGGUGAGUGACGUAAAAGGAACCAACCAAAUUUGUUUGUCUUUUUCUUGUUCUAGAUGACCAAUACUAUUCGAAUUUUUGAAAGAAAAAAACUGAAACUUGCUUUUGUAAAUAAAUUUUAAAUUGUCACUCCAUGUGAUGGUAAGUUUAAUUUACUUUUCCACCGUUAAUCACUAUGUAAAUGUGAAUGAAUUGUUUCUCUCGUUAUGCUUUAGAAACAUAUUAGUAUAUUACAGUAUAAGUUAGUUGGUAAUUCAGAUUUUUCUGUGGAGAUGUUUAUAUAUAUUCCACACAAGUUCAUAGGGAAAAAUGUCUAGUCCACAAGCACAAUGUGUACCUGCCCCAGCUGGGAUCCAAAUGACGGCAGCAAAUGGCGUUCCGGCUGCUGGAAAUGUAAGCAUCGGCAUUGUGGCUUCUACGCCAAUUCAACCGAGGCAUCCUUCGCGUCAUCUACUAGAAAAUACCAAUAGAGAUGCAUACUUGAAAUUGUGUAUACCCCUUUACAAAGCUGCAAUGCAAGGCAACUGGGAAGCCGCCAAAGGCAUCUUAAAUAGCCAUCCGGCACUCUUAACUGCUAGCAUAGCAGAAGGAUGGGAAACUGUUCUUCACGUUGCAGCAGGAGCAAAGAACAAUAUUCAGAUUGUGUCGGAGCUAGUCAACUUGAUGGUUGAAGAAGACUUGGCACUUCAAGAUAUUAAAGGAAAUACGGCACUAUGCUUUGCCGCUGCAACUGGAAGAGUAGAAGUUGCCAAGAUUUUGAUAGAAAAAAAUAUUUUGUUGCCAACAAUCCGCGGUGGUCAAGGAAUGACACCACUCUAUAUGGCUGCUUUGUUUGGACAGUCUGAAAUGGCGUGGUAUUUGUACCCUCAAACAAUUAAAAUGCUGGAUGAAAUGGGCCGCAUUGUUCUAUUUUUCUGUUUUAUCGAACAUGGUCUUUAUGAUUUAGCCAUGAAGUUGCUACAAGAUUAUAAAACAUUAGCAACGGCCCGUAUAGACAACAAGGAAACAGCCUUGCAUGUCUUAGCUCGAAAGUCUUCAGAAUUUGGCGACCAAAGUACUCCAGUAAUGUGCAGUAGACUUAUCAAAACAUUUGAAGUACUCCCAUGCAUGAGGGUUUCUCACAAAAGAAGCUUGAAGCAAACUCAAGCCUUGAAGCUAGUCAAAUGCCUUUGGGAAGAAAUGUUGAAACAUGACGACGACAAAGUCAUGUGUUUGAUAAGAGAGCCUUCAGAAUUAGUAUUUGACGCAGCGAAAUUAGGAAAUUAUGAGUUCUUAUCUGUGCUUAUUGACUCUUAUCCGAAAUUACAAUUGGAAUAUGAUGAAAAAAAUCGGACCAUAUUCCAUAUCGCAGUCUUGCAUCGUCAUGCAAGUAUCUUCAAUCUAGUGCAUGAGACAGGCUCCAUCAAAGAUAUCAUAGCAACAUUUAUUGAUGAUGAGAAUAACAACAUUCUACAUCUAGCUGCAAAAUUGGCACCUCAAGACCAACUCAAUCUUGUGUCCGGAGCAGCUCUUCAGAUGCAGCGAGAAUUAGUAUGGUUUGAGGAAGUUGAGAAGAUUGUGCAAACUCACUUUAUAGAUAUGAAAAAUAGGCAAGGUAAAACACCUCGAGAAUUAUUCACUAGUGAGCAUGAGGAUCUAUUGCGCAAGGGAGAAUCAUGGAUGAAGGACACUGCAAAUUCGUGCAUGCUAGUUUCAACUCUUAUCGCCACUGUCGUGUUUUCAGCCGCAUUUAGCAUUCCGGGAGGUAUAGAUGAUAAUAAAGGAACACCGAAUUUCAUAAAAGAGGCGGCAUUUUUAAUAUUCGCCAUAUUUGAUGGAGUAGCACUCUUUUCCUCCUCGACUGCAAUCCUCAUGUUCUUGUACAUCCUCACAUCGCGGUAUGCUGAAAACGAUUUUCUCAAAUCUUUACCGUUGAAGUUGAUGGUCGGACUUGCAUCACUCUUCGUGUCAAUAACAUCCAUGAUGGUAACUUUCAGCACAACCUUCUAUUUAUCUUGCCAUUAUGGAUUAAGAUGGGUUCCAGAUCUUAUAUUCAUAUUUGCAUUUGUCCCAGUUGCUUUGUUCGCUUUCUUGCAGUUUCCUCUCUUGUUUGAUAUGUUCUUUUCGACAUAUUGUUCAAGUCUUCUGUUUCAGCCAAGGAGGGAUAUGAUCUAAUAUAUAGAACGCUCUACU